UCUCUCCGACCAAUCAGAACACAGAUAGCUAGCCAAUAGCGCUUCGUAUUUCGAAAACAGUGACAUCGCGUAAGUAAACUUAAGGAUCAACACAACGUAAGUCAUGCACUCAGUGUACUGGGGAGUCAGUCUGAGUUGCUGUGUGAGAUUUAUUCCCAGAAAAAGGACUGCAACAAUAUGGAUUCUACGAGUGAUAGUGAGAACGAGGAAAUCUUAGAGUUAUGUAAACAGUUAAAAAUUAAAGCACCUCUAAAAAAACCGAAGCUAAGAAAUAUACCUUUAUCAGAAUUAGAAAAUAUAGAUAUAAAUAACUUGCCUGUUCAAAUUCUACCUGAUAUUCUGCCAGAAUGUAAUGAGGGAACUGCUUUAGUAAUAAAUCAAGAAAUAUUGCAAAACCCGGUGAUAUCUGCAGCUGAGACAGAAGCAAUUGCCCAACAUAAUAUUGAAGAACCGUCUCAAGAAUCAGUUCCAAUUUCAUGUGAAGAACUGCAACAAGACCUAGUGUUACAAGAUUCAGCUCCACAUUUAGAUGAGUCACGAUUUCAGGAGAUAGACCCUUCAUUUGAAGAGCAGCCAUCUGUUUCAACGACUACUACAAACCCUCCAUCUCAAUUAGAGAUACAGCCGUCGGAUGAUGAGUACGGAGAUUUAAAUACUAAUAGAAAAAGAAGCAUAAAGGGUUUUGGUAAUUCUAAUAAAUGGGACAAAUCUAGGGUCAAAAUUAAACGUAUGAAAGGCGAAGAGUAUGUCGGUUAUCGCAGAGAUAGGAAGGUCCAAGGAAAUGAGAAAUUUAAAGUGCUUCACGAUAUACCUCGUCCAGCACGUGAAAUGGCUCCUAGGUGCACCUCUAUAUUUUGUACAAAAUCAAAGAUCCGUGGCUGCCCAAACUUGACUGACGACGAAAGACAGGAUAUAUUUUCUAAGUUCUGGAAAAAUAUGACAUGGGAUCAAAGGAAACAGUAUGUUGUAUCUAACGUCUUGAUUUGCGAGAGAAAACAAAUUAAAAAGACAAUAGAUUCUAGACGGAGUGAAAGCAAACAAUACUUUCUGCCUACGUCUAUUGGACGAAUUCAGGUGUGCAUGCAGACAUUUCUAAAAACUCUAGGGUUGAAGGAGUCUACUGUAAGAUGUUGGUUGAAUAAUUCGGAGCACGGAAUAGCAAAAACAUCUAAUGACGUCAGUGAAAGGGGUGUUAUCAGAAAAGAUGACAUAGCAUUUCUUAAACAGUUCUUUGCUUUGUUACCUAAAAUGCCAUCGCAUUAUUGCAGAGCGAAUACAUCAAAACUAUAUUUAGAGCCGAUCAUUGAAGAUAAAACUAUGCUUUACAAAUUAUACGCCGCGGAGUGUGAAAAAGCAGAAAAAAGCGCACUUAGCCGAUGGACAUUUGACAGAAUUUUUGAUGAGCUAAACCUGAGCCUAUUUGUAGUCAAAAAAGAUCAAUGCGACACUUGUUGUUCACACAAAGUGGGAAAUAUAACUGACGAUAGAUAUUAUAUCGCUCACAUACAAGCAAAAGAGAUGGCCAGAAAUGAAAAAGCAAAGGAUAAAGAAAGAGCUCAACAAUUCGGUGAUGUACACGUUUUCACGCAUGAUCUACAAGCUGUCAAGUUGUGUCCUCAAUUACAGGCUAGUGCUCUUUAUUAUAAGACCAAACUCUGUGUACAUAAUUUCACGAUGUACAAUCUAGCAACCAAAGAUGUCUACUGUUACUGGUUUGACGAAACUAACGCUGGUCUUACUGCUUCCGUAUUUAUUUCAUGUAUCAUACACAUACUCAGGAAAACUUUAGAGCAUAAAUGUAUUCCUAUAAUCCUGUAUUCUGAUGGCUGUACAGCUCAAAACAGAAAUGUAUUCCUUGCUAAUGCACUUUUGCAACUAGCGAUUGAAAAAAAUGUCGUGAUCGUACAAAAGAUAUUGGAAAAGGGCCAUACACAGAUGGAGUGUGACGCAGUACAUAGCUCCAUAGAGCAAAAAACUAAAAAUAAGGAGAUCUUCCUACCCUCUCAAUAUGCCUCAAUAUCCAAGGAGGCUAGACCUAAGCAGCCUUACACAGUUGAAUAUUUAAGUUAUGACUUUUUCGAUGACUACUCUAAAAAAAAUACUUUUAUGUUAAAAAAAUUCGUUUACUGCGGAACGCCUUACGCAUAGGACGUAUCCUUGUGUACAAAAAAUCGUAUCGCGAAAUUAAUUAUCUAUAAGGAACUGUUAUUAACCUACGUUAAAAGUAAUACUUGGAUAUUAUUAAAUUUUAGUGUUUUUUUUUUUGUGAGUGUAUUUGUGAGCUUUAUUCUGGACGUUGUCUUUAAUAACAAAUACAACAGGACAGCUAUGACGAAAUGUGGGGAAUGCAAUGAAGGCCUCCUUGAUGGGGCAGUUUGCUCAUUAUGUAAACAGACGUUCCACUACAAUUGUAUAGGAAUUACAGAGGGAGGAUAUCGAAAACUUGGUGACAGAAAAUCUACUUGGCGUUGCCCUAAGUGUAAAUCAGGGGGACUAUGUCUACAAGUGAAUACACCGACACUUUCUCCAACGCAUGAACCUUCCAGUAAGAUCUUAGAAGAGAUAAGAACCCUGUCCUCCAGAAUGACAGCCUUUGAAGAACUUGUAGGCCAGAUAAAGUUAAUGAGAGAUGAGUUCUCUGAGCUGAAAUCCUCAGUAGUCGAAGCUAGCACAAUAAUUAAAGACUUUGGGUUACGACUACAAAAUAUGGAGGAUAGGCUUCUGGAAGUAGAAAAAACCAAAGAACUUAUUAAUGGUUUACAAAGCAGAGUUGUUGUCUUAGAAUGUGAAAGGGAUGCGGCAGAGCAAUGGAAUAGAAUGAACAACGUUGAGUUAAAGGGAAUACCACAGACCGCGAAUGAAAACCUGCUGGAUUUAAUAGUAAGCAUAGGAUCCAAAGUUAAUUUUGCUGUGACGAAACAGCAGUUAAACUUUAUAGCCCGCACACCAUCAAGAGACUAUAAUCACCCAAAGCCGAUUGUUGCGUGUUUCAACAGCAGGUAUGUUAAGGAGAACUUCGUGACAGCUGUGAGAUCUUUUAACAGGGAGAGCGCCCUAUCUGCCAACCUGUUAGGACUUAGAGGCUCCGCAAAAAUAUUUGCUAACGAUCACCUGACCACCCGGAACAAAGUUCUUUUAAAUAAGACAAAGCAGUUAGCCAAGGAAAUGGGCUGGCGGUAUGUUUGGGUCAAGCACUGCAAGAUUCAAGCACGAAGAAGUGACUCGUCACCAGUUUGUGUAAUAAAGUCAGACAAGGAUCUUCAGAAAAUAACGAAAGGAGAAAUGUGACUUUGUUCUCGCACGGUAUUUUAUCCAGCUCAGUUUUUUAUAUUAUUAUCAUUACGCUUUAUUAUUGUUACCAUUAUUUUUUUACAUUUACACAUUAUUGUUACCAGACCUCUCUAUUGUUCGCUCUGGGUUGACCGGUUUGUCACAAGUAAUACUAUU